AUGGAUCUAUUCGACUUUGAUCCAUAUAGCCCUAAUAAUAAGGGCAAUAAUAAUAAUAAUAAUAAUAAUAAUAAUAGUACAAACCAAACAAACCUAACUACAACAACUACAACAACCACAACUUCAAAUGCAGGACAAACCAAUAAUAUUACAGAAGCAAAUGCAUUUUUUAAUGGAUUUUUAAGUCCACAACAAACACAACCACAACAGACACAACAGACACAACAGACACAACUACAACCACAACAAACACAAACACAACAUUUCAAUCACUUUAAUCCAUUUGAUGAUAUAGAGUCUUUAUUAUCACCAUCAUCAAAUUCACAACAACAACGACAACAACAACAACAACAACAACAACAACAAUAUCCACAACAACAACAACAACAACAAUAUCAACAACAAGAAAAAGAAAAACAACAAAUUUUAAAUGAAAUUCAUAAUAUUGAAGAGAAUAGAUUUUAUGUUGAAAAGUUUGAAGGAUUAUUAAUGGAAUUAUUAGAUUCUACAGUGAUUCAGAGUGCAAUUCAAUCAGAGAAAUUAAAGAAUGAAGUAGAGAUUAGAGAUCUAUAUAAAAACCUAUGGAGAUUUAAUGAUGUACCUGUAGAAGUUCAAGAUUAUUGUCCAUGUGGUUCAUUAUUGAAACAUACGAUUUCAAAUCAAUAUUAUACUAUUAAUGAAAAUGUUGCAAAACAAUUGGCUUCAAUCUUUACUCAAAAUCACUCUUAUAAUACCACUGAAGUUAUUGCAAGUUUCUUUACACAAACUUUAAAUCAACAUCGUUUAAAUUAUUAUAUCUAUAAAUUUAUUGAUAUUGAUAAUUUAAAACAAUCAUUAUCAUUUAAUAAUUCACAACAAUCACAAUCACAAUCACAAUCACAACAACAAUAUGUAAAACCAAAUUUAGAAUCAUUACAAAAUAUAAUAAUAAUUUUAGAAUCAGUAAUUAAAAUAUUUAAACAACUUACAUUACCAGAUAAUUUACAAACUAUUGUAAAUCAAUUAUCAAUGUAUUUAUUUAAAUAUGCUGAGCUAAUAGAAAAUGGUGAAAUAAUUGAGGGGGGAGGUAGAGCACCAGUACAAAGAGUUAGAGGUAUGACAUUAUUUAAUGAUUUAUUAAGUGUUGAAUCAAUAGAUAUUGGUAGUAAUGACCAUCAUCAUCAUAGUGAAGAUAGUGUUAUCAAUAAAGAGAUUGAAAACUUUACAAAAUCAUUAAAAGAUAAUUUAGAUCCAGAUUUUUUAGAAUGGGGAUAUACAUUAAUUCAUCCAAGUUUAUUUGAUAUUUUCAAAAAGGAUUGGUUAAUUAAAUUAUUUAAUCCAAAUAAUAAUAGAAUAUUAACAGAAACACAAUAUGUAAAUCUUUUAUUACAAAUUGAUUUCACAAAAUUAAAUACCAUCAAUAGUAAUGACUUUGGAAAUUUAAAUAUAAUUGAUAAAUUAUAUACACCACUUCAAAAUGGUUUAACUUUAUCAAUUUCAAAGAAUAUGAUAAGAUUAUCAAUUUUAAUUUCAAAAAUUUUAUGUAUAUUAACAUAUUAUUUUAAAAUUGAUAAUACAAUUAAUAUUUUAUUUAAAAGUAUUUGGCCAUCACAAUUUAUUGGUUGUUUAGUAUUACCAUUAGUUAAUUGGGAAGAUAUGGAAAUGAAUACAAUGAGUAGUAUGUUUUGUGAUGUUUAUCAAUUAACAAUUUCUCCACAAAAUUAUUAUGGUCGUAAUUUUAAUGAUAAAUUACCAAUUAGAAAUCAAUUCUUUCAAACAAUGUUUAGAUAUCAAUACUUGGUUGAACAAUCAUAUCAUAAGGAUUUAACUAUUGCAGAAAUUAAUAAUUCUUGUAAAUUCCCACAAUUAACAUUACUUGGUAGAAUUGCAAAUCAAUUUUCAAAUCAAUAUAAUCUUAAUCAGCAACAACAGCAACAACAACAACAACAACAAGAUGAGGAAUCAUUACAACUUGAUGGUGGUUUAAAAUUUAAUUUAUCAAGAUUAAUAUUUGAUGAAUUAUUUUAUUUUGCAUUUGUAUCAAGAUCACAAAAUUAUUUAAAUGGUAGUGUUGAUAGUGCAACCUCUAAUGUAAUUCAAAAUUUAUAUCCAAUUUUUAAAUCUGAAAUUUUUAAUCAAUUAUUUAUAUUAUUACAAAGUCAACCACAUUUAGUAAAUAGAUUCAUGUUUAAUGUUUCUCAAAAUUUAUUAUAUUUAGAUAUUGAAUCUUUUACAUCAUUUAUUCGUCCAAGUAAUAGUAGUAGUAGUAGUAGUAGUAGCAAUAGCAGUGGUAUUGAUCCAUUAUCAAGUGGUAAUUAUAAUAAUCCAUUAUAUUUUUGGGAUAUGUCUGGUGAUGGUAUUCAUUGGUUAGCAUUAAUUUUAUCACAUAAAAUGAUACCAACUUUAAUGGAUAAUGAAUUCAUUCAACCAGAUUGUUUAAUGAAUUUAGUGAUUGAACCAUUAUUAUUUACAUCUCAAGCAAAUGAAAUGGAACAGUAUAGAAUUAAUUAUCAAAAUGUUUCAAUUGCAUCUGAUGUAGUUUUUAAAGUAUUAUCAACAACCAAUUGGAAUAAAGUUUCAUCAAUUUCAAAAUUAAAAAUUAUAUUAUUUUUAUUAGGUUCACGUAAACAUUUAUCAGUUUUAAAAGAACCACCACAACCACAACAACAACAACCAAUACAAGCUUUUAGUAAUCCAAUUAGAAAUAUUAUUAAAUUUUUAUUAAGAUCAAAAAUAUUAUUAUCAAAUGAAACAAAUGUACAAAUGAUAAAACAAAUGAUACAUAUUGAUUUCAAUAGUUUAGAUUUUAAAAAUGAUAAUGGUUUAUUUUUAUUUAUUCAAAUUUUAUUAUCAUUACAACUUGCAAAUUACUAUAUUGAAAUGGUAGAUUCAAAUAUUCAAGAAGCUUAUAAUAUUCUAACUCAAACUAUGCCAAAAAUUAAUCAAAUUUGUAAUAAUAAUAAUAACCCAUACGGUUUUGAAUUUACUUCAAGUAUUCUAUGUUCAGUUAUUUACAUUUUCAGAUCAACUCCAUUCAUUGUACAAAGUGAAGUUGAUGAAAUCUUUAAAAUGGUUACAUUAUCAAAGAAUGAUUUCUCUAUUGGUUUCAAUGUCUUAUUGGAUACAUUAAAGAUUUGGUUCAUUCAAUCAUCACCACAAUUCUUUACUGAUCAUUCAUUAAUAAAGAACAUAACUUCAUGGGUUUACCUAAUGAAAUCAAAUAUUAAUUCUGAAGAGAAUAUGGCAAUCUUAAAUAAUUUAUUUGCUUCUUCUUUCUUUAAAUCUUUAAAAUUAUCUUUAAAUUCUUCAACAAUGAAUUCAUCAAAUCAACAACAACAACAACAACAAAGUAAUAAUAAUAAUAAUAAUAAUGAUUUAGUUAAUGAAAUUAUUGAUUCAUUAUUACAAGAUACACCAAAUAUAGUUCCAAAUAGUAAAGUAUUAUUAAAAUUAGUUGAAAGAAGACCAUGGUUAGUUUAUUUUUUAGCAAGAGCUUAUACUAGAGGUAAACAAAAUGUUUCAUCAUCAACUAGAAAGGAAUCAUUGGUAUUGUUAAAGGAUUUAGCAAUGAGUUUAAAGACAGAACCAAUCUCUAUGAUAUUUUGGGAACAUUUUUGGGUAAUCUAUUAUGAUGGUAUCAUUGGUAGUAAAGGUGUUGAAACGCUAAGUACAGAUUUUAAGAAUCAUUUAAUUUCAUCAGCAGUACAUCCAUACACUAAAUCAUCUUAUAAAGGUCCAAUUAAUCCAAUAAUUAAAAGAAUUUUCGAAUCAUUUGAACUUUGGAAUUUACAAUCAACUCUACCAUUCAAUAAAAGAUUAAUUCAUCCUCAAAAUGUACAAUUAUAUAAUUUACUAUUAUCAAAUAAUCUUCCAUAUGAAUUAUCUGAUCAUAUUGAUUUAAAGAAAUAUGAUAUUAAUCAAAAACAAUGGUUAAAAAAUCAAAAUUUAAAUUUAUCACCAGACCAAAUAAUUUUACAAUAUUUAAAUAUUAAAAAAGAACAACAACCAUCACAACAACAACAACAACAAUCUCAACAGCAACCUCAACAAAAACAACAAAUUAAUAAUUUUAAUGAUAAUAAUGAAGAAUAUAAAAAAUAUUUAAAUUUUAAAAAUACAUGUAAUAAUAUUAAAAAAGAAUUAGAUAAUAAUGGUCAUGAUUUACAAACUGUUGAUUCAAUUAAAUUCUUUAGAGAUAUUAGACAAUAUUUAGGUCAAAGUAAAUCAUUAUCAAGAUCGAUUUUACAAGAUGAUAAAGAAUUUUUAAGUAAAAGUGAAAAGUUAUAUACAACUGAAAUCAAUGAAAUCACUCAAAUAAUUAAAUGCUCUUAUUCAAGAUGUAUUGGUGUUGAGAUGACAUUAAAACUAAAGAAAUCUAUAAACAAUGAAGAUGUUGCAUUGAAAAUCUCUGAAAAUAGAAAACAAUUCUCUGAUGAUUAUUAUAACUUUUUCGAAAAAGUUCAUCAAUUAACAAUUCUCUCAAGUAUGAUGGAAGAUAAUCAAUUCAUUUCACAAUUUAAAAAGUAUCAACAAAAAGAGAACCUUUUCAAAUUUUUAAUAUCCCUAAUGUCUGAUUAUCAAGAUUCAAUUCAUAAAUCAAUUUUCAUACCUUUCUUUACAGAGAUUACUUUAAAGAUUGGUAAAAUUUUAAUUAAUGAAAAUAAUGAUAAUCAAUUCUUUUUAAUUGAUACAUUUUUACCAAUGCUACCAUCACAAGCUUCAAAUAAUUUAAAGAAAUCUUCAUCAAAAACAAUUACAAAUAGUGGUGGUGGUGGCCAAUCACAAAAAGAUAAAGUUGAAAAUAUUGAUAGUGUAAAAGAUUAUUCAAUUUUCAUUCAAUUAUUUCAACCAAGUAAAAUAUCAGAUAUUCAUGAAUAUAUUGAUAUUUUCCAAAGAGUUAUAACAACUUUACCAACUUUAUUAUCAAAAGAGAGUGAUUUAAAGAAAAUAAUUUUAUCAUUCAAAUUGGAUGAAAGAAUACCAUUGAUUUUACAAUUAAACAAUGGUAAAAAUUGUUUACUUAAUUUAUUACAAUUAUGUAUUCAAUUACCAGUUUUAAUUGAUGUUGUAGAAUUAAUUACUUCCCAAUUAUUAAGAAAUGAUAUGAUUUUAAUAUUUAAUAUUUUUGAUAUUAUUUUAGAUAGUUUUAAUAAUAAUAAUAAUAAUAAUGAUCAUUUAAAUAAUAAUAAUAAUAAUAAUAACUAUUUAAAAGAUACAAAAUCACAAUUAUUAAUUUGUAAUAUUAUUAAUGGUAAACAAUCAAUAUUUUAUAAAGAAAUUCUUCAAAAUCAAGCAAUCAAAGAUAAUGAAAAUUUACAACAACAAAGAACAAUGCAACUUUCAAGUAUGAUUGAUUAUUUAACUAAUCCAAAAUCAGCGAUUCCUUCAAUCACUACCAUUUUCUUAUUAAAUAAUAUUUUAUCUUAUGAAUUUAUUACCUCUCAAUCAUUGGAUGGUCAUUUAAAUAAUACAAGAGAUGCAAUUAUUAAUUCAAUUAAAUCUACUAUAGUUCAACAAGGUGGAAGUAAUAAUAAUAAGAAUUUAUUAAUUUCAAUUCAAGAUUUUAAAUUAUCAAUUAAUUUAUUAACAAAUUUAAUUAAGUUGGUACCAAAGAGUAUAAAUUUAUUAUGGGAUGUAUUUUAUAAUUCUUAUGUACCAUUAUUAGAAUCAUUUACAAAUAAUAAUUCACCAAUAAUGUCACCAAGUAUUUCAAAUUCACCAACUUCAAUCUCAUCUGAUAAUUAUGAAAAACAAUUACAAAAACAACAAGAACAACAUCAACACUAUUUAAUGGAUCAAGAGAUUGAGAAUCAAUAUUUAGAUGCAAUAACUAAUUUCUUUGGUAUGUUGGCAAUUGAUGGUCAUUUAUCAUCGGCUGUAUUUCAUAUUAUUAGUAGUGAUACAUUGGAACAAAUGAAUUAUAUCCUAUCGGAAACUAUAUUUGGUAAUGUUGUGGUAAUAUUAUUUUCAAUAUUAGAUUGGAGUUUAUUAUUUAAACAAUCGAAAAUAUCAAAUAAAACAGCAUUGAAUUAUUUGAAACUUUGUAUGUACAUUUCAAUAGUCAAUGGCACAAAUAUCACUUCACCAGAGUUUAAAUUAUCCUUGGCAACCGAUGGUAAUUUAGAUUGGUUUAAAUGUGGUGAUCUUUCAGAGGCUUCCUUAAUUUUCGAUGGUUCUUCAUUCGUUAAAUUGUUAACUCGUUCAUCAUUGGUACAAUCAAGUCAACAACAAUCUCCAAAUCAAUUGAUAAUGAGUUGUUUAACACUUUUCAAAGAUAUAACUCUACUAUUGGAUAAUUAUUCUUUAGCGACUGCAUUGGCAUUGGAAAUUAGGUCAUUGAUUUAUUUAGUGAUUCAAACACCAACCAACUAUUGGCAUUUAGAGUAUACCGAGCAAGAAUCAUUAUUGAAAACAAUUCUAUUACCAUUGAUUAGAUCAUUGGCCGAUAAUCAAAUCUUAAAGAAUUCACCAACUGAAAUCUCUGGUGCACAACAACGUAUGAAAUCAAUAUUAAAGGUUACAUUAUCUUGUUUGGAUGAUAUCUCUUAUCCAAUGAGAAGUUUAAUUAAAUUUGCAAUUUUCCCAAUUAGUGGUCUUUCAAAUGAUAAUCAUGCCAAUAAAGAACUCUAUGGUAAAAUCUCUGCUUUAAUCUUACAAUUCUGUUCUUCAUGUUCAAUUAAUCUAUGUUUACAAAUUAUGUCUUGUGCUCAUUUAACUUUAAAUCAAUCAUUGUCUAACUAUUGUAAAGUCAUUGAUAAUAUUCUAAGAUCUUUCUACUCAAUCGAUACCAAUAAAUCAAUGGGAAUUGGUGGUGGUGAAGGUGAUGAAAAUAGUAAUUCCACUGGUACAAACAAUACAAAUCUCAUUAAUAAAUACUUGAUUUUCCCAAAUAAUCAUGAAAAUCCUUCAAGAUUAUUGAAAACUUGUAUCCAAGAGAAUUGUCAUUUAUUAAUGUAUAUUAUAGCCAUUCAAAGUCAACGUAAUGAUACUUUAAAUCUUUCUGAAUUCAUUCAAGAUGUAAUUAAUAUUACCUUUAGAAAUAAUCAUGAAUAUGAACUUUGGUUAUCUUGGAUGUUGGUAAUUAAAUUAAUUGAAAAUCAAUCUCAAUCAAGUUUUAAAAAUAAACAUUUAAUUCAAUCUAUUUCAGAUUUUAAAGAUUCAAUAUCAUCAUAUUUUGGAACAGCUGGUAAUAAGAUAACAUCAUUAUUUUCAAAUAAACAAAAGACAAUAAUGGUACAGACUCAUUUAGCAGCAAGAGCAUGUUUAUUAUAUUUACAGAGAAUAUUGGUUCAAAGAAAAGAAAAAGAUGGUGAAAAAACAAUCAAAGAUGUUCAAUUAUUAAAUCAAAUCACUGAUAGUCUCGUUGAUUUGAAAAAGAAAUCAACCAAUAAUAUCUAUUCACCAUAUCAAGAUUUCUUUAAUGAAUCAGAAAACUUUUUAUCACCAUUGGUAGAAUUUGAAUUCUUUUCAAACUCUGUCAUUAGAACUCUUGUACCAUUUGCAAAUUAUAUUUUAAAUAUUUUAUCUUAUGAAUAA